AUGCCUAGAAUGCGCAAUGAUCCAAACUUCAAUAUUUGUCCGGACUAUGCUACAGACACUUUUGCUAACACAUGUGCUCAUCUCGUCAACAACAAUACCACCGAAGAACAAGCCAUUCAAUUUCUCAGAAAUAUUUGGGAGACUAACAAUGAUGCAGACAAAGUAGCAUGGCAGUGUCAAUUAGAAGAUGAAAUGAAAGGAAUGUGCACACCGCGAUCAGGUGAAUACAUGGAACUUUGGUAUUUCACCAAUGACAGCCUGGACAAAGCGAGUACCAAGAAGACUAUUGACGAUGACGCAAUGAUCCUGUCAACAUCAGUGGAUGGAUUGACUGCAUGGGUCUCAUCAGCAUCUACACAGAGCGCACGUGCUGUCAUCAACAACAAAAACUUGCCUUUCAAGGAGUUUUGUCAAGCCUGCCCUCGGUUUUUAACUGCAAUAGAUGAAGCAGACUGGCCAGUGGAUAGGAUCAGAAUGAUGGCACUCUUUUGGAGGAACAUCCAAGUUCACAAAUUUCGUUCCUUAAGGGAUCCGAUCGCACAGAAGGCUCUGCUUGCCUAUCAGGCAGAGCAAUGCAAGUGUUGGCACGUUGCCGUAAAAACAUCAGUAGGACCCUACAACUUAUCUCUCAUCAAUGAGAAAGUCCUAGAGGCCACAAGGGAGAGAGUCUAUUGGGAAGAGCAAGACAAAAGAGACAAUGCUCAAGAUUAUAGGUAUGUCUUGGAUGAAAUCCACACAGGAUUAUUGAAUGCAAAGCAGCUCGGACAUGGGAUGACGCUCACAACACCAUUUGUUCACAAAUUGGCAGAGUGCUCACCAUGCGAGACAACAAGCUCGUUUGCAGCAAUUGGCAAUGCGUCAACGGCUGCAAUGAAGUCAACCACGAUUGCAGGCACUUCUGCUCUGGUUGUGGCACAUCCACUCAUGGAGCUCACUCAAGCUUGUCCUCAAGCGCAGAAAGCUUAA